GAAGGAAAAAAGGAGGUAAAAAACCUGAGUUCUGCCCCAACCCCUCCCCCAGCGAUUGCCGCCGGGACACUCACCCACAGCCACAAAGCUGGCCGAGCAAUGCGGGACUGCGCGUGGAGCUGGAGGGAAGCCGUGACCAGAGAAAUGGUUGGUCGGGCGCGCUGAACUGAGGAUCCGGCCUCCCCUGGAGCAGGAGCUGAACCGGAGGGGAGCGCGCAGAGCCCGCUGGGCCGCUCCGAAGAGACCCAGGCAAAAGGGCGGUGGGCAAAGAGGUGCAGCCAGCGCGCCUCUAAGCGACCUCCUUAGUGGAAGCCUCUCUGUCCAGUUUUUAUUGAUACAAAUAUUUCUUUUUAAAAAAGACAACAACAACAACAACAAGCAAAACCAACAAGCCAACAAGAGCUUUCCCCUCCCUCCUCCCCCGUCGCCUCAGCUGGCGUCUCCUGUCUUGCUGCCCCCCUCCCUCCCUCGCUGCAUCCCCAUCUCCACCCCCCUCCUUCAGGCCAAGCGCUGCGUUCCAUUCUCUUCCCCCCCACCCUUCGACCCGCUGGGCUAUGCUGGAAGUUUAGGAUCCAAAGCUCCUUCACUCAUUUUAAAUUUUUCAUUUAUUCCUCCCUUUUAAAUCGCUUUGUGGAGAAACACGCGCGCGCGCAUACACACACCUGCACCCCUGAGACACUCAGACAGAGACACCCCAAGACAAAAGCAAAUGCACUUUGACUUCUGACUGCGCCUACCUCAGACCUGAGAGAACUCAUCGCUUGGGUGGUUUCCGUGUAGACGGUUCUCCGCUGAGCUCUUGCCUUUCCGACUUUAUUAUUUAUUUUGGUUCCCGCGGUUCUCGGUGACCUUCAUUCUUCAUCCAGCUUCUUGCCCACGGGUGGCUCUGCCCUCCGGGAUUCCAUCUCCCAACCCCAGGAGCUUCGCCUGCCCCAGCUCUGACCCAGGGAUCAUUCCCACUCCCCUCCUCCUAAGCCACGCUUUUUUCUUUCUUUUUUUUUCUUUUUCUCUGUUUUCCUCCUAUCCUCUUCUGGUUUUGUUUGUUUGUUUGUUUUUAAAGAUUUUGGUGUGCGUUUUCGAUUCUGCACAACCCAGCUGGUUUGUCGGUCUCUCACCUUUUUGGGGGAAGUAAGAGGACGGGGGUGGAAGGCUACUGAUAGCCCUCUUCUGAGGGCUCCCCCUCUUUUAGACCUGCCUGCCCCGUUCUGAGCUCCCUGCUCCCCUCCCUCCCUCGCAAUUAAACCAAAGACAAUGGUGCACUGUGCCGGCUGCAAAAGGCCCAUCCUGGACCGGUUUCUGUUGAACGUGCUGGACAGGGCCUGGCAUGUGAAGUGCGUUCAGUGCUGUGAAUGUAAAUGCAACCUGACCGAGAAAUGCUUCUCCCGGGAGGGCAAGCUCUACUGCAAGAACGACUUCUUUCGAUGUUUCGGUACCAAAUGCGCCGGGUGCGCGCAGGGCAUCUCCCCCAGUGACCUGGUGCGGAGGGCACGAAGCAAGGUGUUCCACCUGAAUUGUUUCACCUGUAUGAUGUGUAACAAGCAGCUGUCCACUGGGGAGGAGCUCUACAUUAUAGACGAGAAUAAAUUCGUCUGUAAAGAAGAUUACCUAAGUAAUAGCAGCGCCGCCAAAGAGAACAGCCUGCACUCGGCCACAACGGGAAGUGACCCCAGUUUGUCCCCUGACUCCCAAGACCCGUCCCAGGACGACGCCAAGGACUCGGAAAGCGCCAAUGUAUCUGACAAAGAGACUGGUAGUAAUGAGAAUGACGACCAGAACCUGGGUGCAAAGCGGAGAGGACCACGCACCACCAUCAAGGCCAAGCAGCUGGAAACACUCAAGGCUGCCUUCGCUGCCACUCCUAAGCCCACUCGUCACAUUCGGGAGCAGCUGGCACAGGAGACUGGCCUCAACAUGCGAGUCAUCCAGGUCUGGUUCCAAAACCGACGUUCCAAGGAGCGGCGAAUGAAACAGUUGAGCGCUCUGGGCGCCCGGCGCCACGCCUUCUUUCGCAGCCCACGCAGGAUGCGGCCGCUCGUGGACCGCCUGGAGCCGGGGGAACUCAUCCCCAAUGGACCUUUUUCUUUUUAUGGAGAUUACCAGAGCGAGUACUACGGCCCCGGAGGCAACUACGACUUUUUCCCGCAAGGCCCUCCUUCAUCGCAGGCGCAGACACCCGUGGACUUGCCCUUCGUGCCAUCGUCAGGCCCGUCGGGAACCCCCUUGGGAGGUUUGGAUCAUCCCCUGCCCGGCCAUCACCCAUCCAGUGAGGCGCAGCGCUUCACUGAUAUACUCGCUCACCCACCUGGAGACUCUCCGAGCCCGGAACCCAAUCUUCCCGGACCCCUGCACUCCAUGUCGGCUGAAGUCUUCGGACCCAGUCCGCCCUUCUCUUCGCUGUCAGUCAAUGGAGGGGCGAGCUACGGUAACCAUCUUUCCCACCCUCCCGAAAUGAAUGAGGCAGCAGUGUGGUAGCCGGAACUUCUCCGGAGCCAAAUUGAACUUGCGUGGUUGUACAGAAACAGGUCGUUAUUAAAAAAACAAACACACACACACACAAUAACUAAACAAACAAAAAAAAUCACAAAAACAGAACCAGGCCCCAAGCAGCUUCCUCUCUUCCCGCCGGAGAGACCUUUCUCCUCCUUGGGACGCGGUAGGAAGGGAAGGGAAGACUUGGGGGUGACUACAAAUUGAGAUCCGAAUGCACCCGGAGACGGGAUUGGAGUCCCAGUCCCCGGGGCGACAAGCAGGACUUGGGGUCAAACCAGACUAAGGCGCAAAUUCAAAAACGUUCCCCAAUCUGCGUAAAAACUCAAGGAGCCUCACCUCGGUGGCAAUCCAGUGAGCUCUCGGAAAGUUGAGGAGAGCGGCAAGGACUAGCCCUGCUAAGGACAGCUCGGGGCAGCUCCCAGGAGGCGAUGAGGGUGACGAUCGGCCGGUCUAACCGGCACCCAGGAUGCACAGAGUGGAGACGAAGGACGCCGGCGCAAGUCGAGAACCAAGCUCGUAAAGGAAGGAAGGAGAAAGAGAAGCGAAGCGAAUCCAAAUCAGGGAGGGGGAAAAGGCCAGCCCUGGAGCAUUCAGUUCUGGGCUAGGAUGAACGAAGCUUCUAGCUCUAGGAAACCUUCGAUUAGUUUUUGUCUCUCAGAAUUUAGUAACGGCAACAAACAACAAACUUUUACCUUCAGAAACACCGACCUGCUGUGCAUCAGGUGGGACAAUUUUUUUUUUUUGUCUGUCUGUCUAUCCGGUUCUUUUCGGCCAAAAUUACAAAUAUGAAAUGCCCUAAUCAUCAACUCUACCUUCAAAAGCUACGCGCGGGCACACACACACACACACACACACACACACCACACCACACCACACCACACCACACCACACACCACCCUCAUUAGGAUGAUCUCCAGCCAGACCUCUCACUAAAAUGACUUGAAACAACAGCUAUACAAGAAAGUAUUCUACCUUCAUGAGAAAAGUUUAAAACAAAAUAAAGACUAUUGAACUAAAAAACAGUCAACUGUUUACGUAUGAUGUUAAAUUCAGGAGUUCAGUGUUUUACUAAUAUAUCCUGUUUUGAAACCUCUUGUUCAAAAAGCAAAAUGUUUUGAGCAACCAACCAAAAUCGUUCCUUUCUUUAAUCUCCCUCCCUUUCUCCCUUCCUCCUUUCGUCUUCUGUAGAUGUUCUCUGACAGAUUCGCAGGGCUUUCGGCUCACUGUGCUAGUUUGUAAAAGGUGUUGUUUACAGGAGGCAAAGAGAAAACAUGAUAUUCAGACAGUUGCCAAAUAAACUAAUUAUAGCACAAAUACUGUAAGGUGCCUGGCACCAGCAACCCGAGAGUGUUAAAAAAAAAAAAAAAAAA